AUGUCUUACGGCGGUGCAGCCAUGGCGGCGCCUGCGGCUGUGAGCGGCUCUGUCUCGGCGUCGACGAUAAAGCAAGUGAAGUUAGAGAGAGAAAGCGAGCUGAGAAUUGAAGUGGGUAAUGAAAUGCCGCUUAAGCUCCGACUACUUAACGGCUCAGCCGAGAUUUUCGGGUCCGAAUUGGCCCCUGAGAUGUGGCUCACUUUCCCUCCUCGUCUCAAAUUCGCUGUGUUCACUUGGUAUGGAGCUACAAUUGAGAUGGAUGGUGCUACCGAAACUGAUUAUUCGGCGGAUGAGACACCUAUGGUUAGUUAUGUCAAUGUACAUGCCGUAUUAGAAGGACGAAGAAACCGUGCUAAAGCUUCAUCGCCUAAUGAUCCUGAGGCAUCCCAGGGGCCCAGGGUGAUUGUUGUGGGGCCUACAGAUUCUGGAAAGAGCACCCUAUCAAGGAUGCUUCUUAGUUGGGCAGCUAAACAAGGCUGGAAACCUACCUUUGUGGAUUUGGAUAUAGGCCAAGGAUCUAUAACAGUUCCGGGAAGUAUUGCUGCUACGCCUAUUGAAAUGCCCAUUGAUCCGGUGGAAGGAAUUCCUCUUGAGAUGCCUCUUGUUUACUUUUACGGCCAUACAACUCCUAGUAAUAAUGUAGAUUUGUAUAAAGCACUUGUGAAUGAGCUUGCUCAACUGCUGGAGACUCAAUUUGAUCGUAAUGCUGAAUCUCGAGCUGCUGGCAUGGUAAUCAAUACCAUGGGUUGGAUAGAAGGUACAGGCUAUGAGUUGCUUCUCCAUGCAAUUGAUACAUUCAAGGCUAAUGUUGUCUUGGUUUUGGGUCAGGAAAAACUUUUCAGCAUGCUUAAGGCUGUAGCCAAAAGUAAGCCUAAUGUGGAUGUUGUGAAACUUCAGAGGUCAGGGGGUGUUGUAUCCAGGAAUGCAAAAUUUCGUCAGAAGGCUAGGGGUUACAGGAUAAGGGAGUACUUUUAUGGCCUCGCAAAUGAUCUUUCCCCACAUUCUAAUAUUGCAAACUUCAGUGAUCUGCUUGUCUAUCGAAUUGGUGGUGGUCCACAGGCACCAAGAUCAGCUUUGCCAAUUGGUGCAGACCCUGUUGCUAACCCUUUAAGAGUAACACCUGUAAAUAUUGAUCGGGAUUUGCUUCAUAUGGUUCUUGCUGUUUCAUAUGCCAAGGAUCCUGACCAAAUUUUGUCAAGUAAUGUUGCAGGGUUUAUUUACAUCACUGACAUCGAUGUUCAAAGGAAGAAAAUUACAUACCUUGCACCAUCGGCUGGGGAACUACCAAGCAAAUAUCUAAUUAUGGGAACCUUGACAUGGCUUGAAACUUGAAGCAACUUGAUCAAGUAUUGUCAUUUAUUUGUCUGUAUUUCUCCUACUGAGCUGUAACAUAUAUAGGAGCUACAAUUAACGAGUCCAUUGCCUGUGACUUAGCUUCAGUUGAAAAUCCUGGUACCUGUUGUAAUUUGGUUUGUACCUUAAAAAGCUGCGACUGUUGUUAUUGAUUAGUAUCAAUACAUGUUUCCUUCAAGACCAUGGUUUUGGAUUUUGGUGCUACCAACUUGUUAUUGUGAAUAUUAAUUGAUAAUUAAUUGAGUGCUACUAAGGUUUUAGUUUAUGGCUUUGAAAUUUUGGUUAAGCUUGCUCAAGGAAUAA